UGCACACACUUUGGCGAUAUACGCUAAAUUAAUUAAACUAGCGAUUAUUAGUAGUUAAUCAGUUUUCAGAAUAGCUUGACCAUUCAUUCAUCCACAUGAUGUUGCUUAAUUGUUGUAUUGUUAAAAAAUCUAAUCUCUUCAAAAAUAUUAUUCAUACUAAACGUUAUGGCAAGUCUUACAUGUUAAUCGUCCUUUUGUAUAGUGGAAGAACUUUUAAAAGUAUAUAUGUCGACAUAUUAUGCUCUGUAUUUUCGAUUAUCUUCUAAAUAUUUAAAGUUUUUUUCAUAUUUUGUUUUUGGGGCAAUCAUAAAGCAAUGUCUGCUGAUAUAAAAACUGUUCUGGCUUCCAAACAUUACGGUUUUAUGGGGUCUGGUAAUAUGUCUCAAGCAUUGGUCAAAGGUUUUCUAGCCUCAAAUGUAAUCACUGGUUCGCAAGUUACAAUGACUGAUCGGUAUGGUUUAUCAUUUCCAGAUGCAGAGUUUCUGAUACCGCUGAAAGCUCUAUGUUCUAAAUAUGGAGUAGAAUAUAUACAAACAAAUGAACCAAUGGUUGAAAAAAGUGAUGUCGUGUUCGCCUGCGUUAAACCACACAUAUUACUACCAGCUUUAAAAAGUCUAUCCGAUCGUUUAAACGAUAAACUUUUGGUUUCUAUUGCUGCAGGGAUUACACUAGACCAAAUACAACAGGCUGUGCCGAAAUCUACUCGAAUUAUCCGUAUUAUGCCUAAUACACCGUGUCUGGUCGGUGUUGGUACUGCAGUGUAUGCACAUACAUCUUCUGUUACUGAUGAAGAUAUUAAUUUGAUUUCUGCCUUAUGUUCAUCAAUCUUUCCUGUAUUUGAAGCUAUCCCGGAAUCUUUAUUUAAUGCAGCUGUUGGAGUAUCAGGAUCAUCUCCUGCUUAUAUUUAUAUGAUCACUGAAGCAAUUACAGAUGCUGGUGUUCUAUUAGGUUUACCACGCCCAAUCGCUCAGAAACUAAUUGUCAAUACUAUAUUAGGCUCAGCUGUAAUGAUGCAAAAAACUGGCAAAAGUACAACUGAAUUAAAAAAUGAAGUUUGCUCACCUGGCGGGACAACAAUUCAAGGUGUUUAUGCUUUAGAGAAAGGUAAUCUGCGAGCUACACUUAUGGAUGCAGUGCAGAAAGUUUGUGCACGUGGAGAAGAAUUAAGCAAGAAGUCCUAAUGUUUUAUGCACUAUUUUCCAUAGUUCUGUUACUCUAUGAAGUGUGUGUAAUAUUUCUUCUAUAUAUUAUUAUAAACAUCAUAUUCAAUAACAAUGUUUGUUGUAUUUAAAAGUGUGUAUCUGGAAAAUUUUUCAGUUACGAUUUAUUCUAGUGUUAAAGAUCUUUGUAAGGGAAUUUUACUCAACAUCAAAAUGGGCUUAAUUGAGGACUUAUUGUACCUAAUAGAGGACUUCCUUACAUUCUCGGCUCUGUACACUUUUCUUUCAUAAUACAGUGUAUAUUUAUUUGAUAAUCCUAUAGAUAGGCUACUUCAAUCAUUAAUGUUAUAACUCCAGUGGCUUAUUUUCAGUUUUUAAUUAUGUAUUUUUACUGUGAAUGUUUUCUUGCUGGUUAAAUCAAUUACUUGAACGUACAUUUUGAUACUAAAAUUUAGAAAAAAAUUUGUAUUUCUCUGUUUGAAUUGUUUUUCAGUACUUUACUAACUAUUCUCUGUUGUUAAUUGAGUUAAGUUUAAGUAGAGAUUUCUGUGCACCUAUUAACUUGGUUCCAUUCAUUUAUUAGAAAAAAUGGUCAAAGUCAUUUCAAGUUUCCUACAGUCAUUCUCAAAGUUAAUAAGCAAUGCUCUGCAAAAAAAGUCAAGCUGAGACUGUGCAUAAAACCUGCGUAAAACAGUCAAUAUAUAAUUGUUCUUUUUUGGGUUCGCUCAUCUACAUUUAUAUUUGAACUUGUAACCCAGAAAUCAUAAACAUUAUUACUGACUCAUUAAACACAUCUACCAUACGACUGUUAACGGUAUCACUUCACCGUUCAGAAAUAAGUUGACAAGAAAGAUGUGAAUAAAGUAAACAUGACGAGCUAUGGACUCAAAAACAGAUUUAACCUUCACUAUUUAAUAACCCAUCAGGUAAUGAGCUAUUUUUAUAAAACACAGUUUAAUAAUACAGAUAUAUGUAUAUGUACAA